AUGGGUCUGCUGUUAUACCUCGUUGCUGCUGCUGUUGCAGCUGUGACCGGUGGAGAUCUCGUCAAUGGAGGGGCCCACAACUUGCUCGUGCGCCUUCCUGAGGAAGCACCUGUACCUGACCCAAUCGUACUUCCUCCACCAAGGCAGAAUAACAUCGUCUAUGUACCCAACAAGCAGGACGAAAAAGCUCAACAAGUGAUCGAAGGUCUACUGUUGACAUUUGCACUUGCUGCUUCUGCAGCACUUCACGGAUAUAAUCUGGGAGAACCCUCAAGUGCUGGACUUGUUUCUGGUCCUGGAUCUGCUGCCGGUGUUGUGGGUGCCGGUGGAGACGUCGUCAAUGGAGGUGUAACUACUGGAUGUCAAGAGGGAGAAGUUCUUCACGUAGACGGCACUUGUGUAACUCCUGAAGUAACAAGAAAGGUCUACGUAUUUGAUGUUCCUGAACAAGAAAGACCCGUUGGUCCAGCACCUAGUAUUCCUCCUCCAGCAGUGGACCACAACAUCUUGUUCGUGCGCCUUCCCGAGGAAGCACCUGCACCUGACCCCAUCGUACUUCCUCCACCAAGGCAAAACAACAUCGUCUAUGUACUCAACAAGCAGGAAGAGCAAACUCAACGAGUGAUCGAGGUACCAGCUCAGCCACAGGCUGACCCUGAAAUUUAUUUCGUUAACUACCAAGAUGGAGAGAAUCCGACCCUUCCCUUAGGAGUAGACCUAGAAACUGCUCUUAGCUCCGCAGCAGCAGCCGGUGGUCAAGUUCUAGGAAGCGUCGAUGACGCUGAUGGACAAGCUGGGGCCGGAUUCGGUGGUGUUGGUGGAAUUACUAGUGGACAAGGAAUUAAUGGUCUUGUUAGUGUAAAUGGAUUUGGUGGUGCAAGCGGAGUUUCUGAUGGAUUUGGGGUCGUGAAUGGGUUUGGUGGUGUUAAUGGAGCCAGUGUUGGUUUAGCAAUUAAUGGUGGUGCAGGAGGAUUACAGACUGGAUUAGGGGGUAGACCGUCAGGAUUAUAUACCACACCCUAAAGUAACAUUUCGUUUUUGUCUUAGAAUUCGUUUCAGUUGUGAAUUAGUGUCUAUUUUUUUCUCCGUGAAAUAUACGGGAACCUAAGAAA